CUUGCGCAAGCAGACCCACAAGUGAUCGGGGCAACUAGGACCAAUUCCCCCGUCAAAGCGAGUCUUCAGGAAUUUUCGGGUUUAGCCAGUUCUCCUCGAAUGCGGGGGUUAGUCUGGGGCAUGCAUUAUGGGGUUGGGGCCCCCGGAUCGACAACGCAAAAUUGGACCACGUCUAGCUCUAGCUCGCAAGCUUAAACAUUUACAUACCACAUGGCAUUGAUUUCCCGUGCGAAGCUGGAAGCUGCCGCGUGGGGUGAGAUAAUGAGGGAAAGCGUUCUUGAAACCUGCUUCGUCUCUCAUCACCCCUAAUAUCGCUCUUUAUCUAUAUCGCAGCUUCCGAGUCAGUUCCAACCAUGGACUCCCUCCGCAAACGAUUGCCAGCCCCAAGGCAGGACAUCCUAGCCAAAGAAUCCCGAAGCUCGCCAUCCAUCACUGCAGCUUUCGAACCGUCUAGAAUCUCUGAACUGGCAAGAGAUUCUCCGCCCUGGUACAAGGUCGCUUCAAGAAGACGACUAUAUGCCCUACUGUUUCCAGGCGCGAUUGUUUCAUACAUGACAAGUGGCUACGAUGGCUCAAUGAUGAAUUCUCUCCAGACUGUCAGCUACUGGGAUGACUUUUUUGGAAACCCCAGAGGAUCAACACUUGGGUUGGUCAGUGCUAUCAUCGCUCUUGGUGCCAUGUGCUCUGCACCUCUUGCCCCAUGGGUGGCGGAUCACUAUGGACGCAGAUGGGGUAUUACCGUUGGGAGCUGCAUCAUGAUUGCCGGCGCCAUUAUUCAGUGUGAAAGUACCACUUUCGCCAUGUUUGUUGUUAGUCGAUUCAUUCUUGGAUUUGGUCUUACUUUCUGCACCACUGCAUCGCCCAGUCUAGUCAGUGAGUUAUCGCAUCCCAAGGAGCGAGUCGCAGUCACGGCCAUAUGCAACACUUGCUGGUUCUUAGGUGCCAUUGUUGCAGCUUGGUUGACCUACGGUACACGGGUUAUCCCAAGUACUUGGUCGUGGAGAAUCCCUUCCCUUCUGCAAAUGCUGCCCAGCAUGAUACAGCUCUCUGCCAUUUGGUUUCUGCCUGAAUCUCCGCGAUGGCUCAUUUCACAUGACAGAGGCGAAGAGGCAAUGGCGGCGUUGAAACGCUACCAUGGUGAUGGAGAGGAAACUGAGUUGGUAAAGCUUGAGUACGAAGAGAUCUGUGCUGCCAUCCACAUGGAGAAAGCGUCCGGCAACACAACAUGGAAGUCAAUGGUCAGCACUAAGGGCAAUCGUUAUCGAAUGUUCAUUGUUGUGUGCAUGGGCACUUUCUCCCAGUGGUCUGGCAAUGGAUUGAUAUCAUACUACCUCGCUCGCAUUUUAGAGACUAUCGGUAUCAACGACUCAGCUACAAAGUCACUCAUCAAUGGCAUAAUCAACAUUUGGAAUUUUCUGAUUGCCAUUUCUUCUGCUCUUCUAGUAGAGCGCAUCGGACGUCGUCCGCUAUUCCGGAUAUCUACAAUCGGCAUGCUUGUUACUUUUACUUCUUGGACCAUCGCUUCUGCUGUAUACGCAGAGACUGCUGCCCAUGGCGCCGCUAUGGCUGUUCUUGUACUCAUCUUUUUGUUCCAAUUCUUCUACUGCAUCGCCUUCUCGCCUCUGCCGGUAGCAUACUCAGUCGAGAUCCUCCCUUAUUCGGUCCGCGCAAAGGGGAUGGCAACUUACGUCUUCACUACAAAAGUAGCGGUGUUUGUUAAUCAGUAUGUUAAUCCAAUUGGAUUGGCAAAUAUCCAGUGGAAGUAUUACAUCGUUUACGUUGUAAUUCUGGCUAUCGAGAGUUUUAUUGCAUACGGAUGGUUUGUCGAAACUAAGGGAAGAGCAUUAGAGGAGAUUGCUGUUCUCUUCGAUGGCGAGGAGGCUGAGGUGAUUACUGCUGCAAAGUCGGAGGUCGAGAUAGCUCAAGUGGAGGACUUAGACCGCGCCAGUCUCAAAAAGGCCUAAUCUAUGUACAAAGAGAAAACUGUACGGAAUGAACUGAUAUAUUCAUUCCAUAUACUUUACUGCCUGAAGCCUCCUCUUCCGUUCUGCCAGACUGAUAAUUUUUGGUGACUAGAGAAUCAGGCACUAUUUUGGCUGUAGUUAUCUGAAUCUUAUAACUGGGAUCGUAUAUG